CUGCAGGCCUGCCUGACAGAGAGCCCUGCCACCCUGGCUGAGCUAGCCCGUGUCCUUGAGAUGGAUCGUAACCAGGAGGCCGAGAUGGAGCUGCGCAGGGGCCCCGAGGUGGCUGGGGAUAAGGCCCUGAGCCACAGCUGCUGCAUUUGCGGCAAAAGCUUUCCCUUCCAGAGCUCCCUGUCGCAGCACAUGCGCAAGCACACGGGCGAGAAGCCCUACAAGUGCCCCUACUGUGACCACAGGGCUUCCCAGAAGGGCAACCUGAAGAUCCACAUUCGCAGCCACCGCACGGGGACUCUGAUCCAGGGCCACGAGCCAGAGGCCGGCGAGACGCGCGUGUCCGAGGGCCUGGACGGCUGCACCAGCCCCACGAAAAGCACUUCGGCCUGCAACAGGAUCCUGAAUGGCGCCACGCAGCUGGACAACAGCAAGAUCCUGCUGAGGAGCAGCAGGAAGGAGGCGGAGGGGGCUGCAUGCUCUGCGGAGGAUGGCGGGGCAGUGGCUCAGUGCUCCUUCUGCAAGAGCAAGUUCGAGCGCAAGAAGGACCUGGAGCGUCACGUGCACCGGGCACACAAGCCCUUUAAGUGCCGGCUGUGCAGCUACGUGACGCUGAGGGAGGAGUCCCUGCUGAGCCACAUCGAGAAGGACCACAUCACCGCGCAGGUGCCCCGUGGUGAGGCCUGCGUGGCCAACGGCAAGCCGGAGCUGCCGCCUGGGGAUUUCCCGUGCGAGGUGUGCGGCCAGGCCUUUAGCCAGACCUGGUUCCUGAAGGCGCACAUGAAGAAGCACAGGGGCUCCUUCGACCACGGCUGCCACAUCUGUGGCCGGAGGUUCAAAGAGCCGUGGUUCCUGAAGAACCACAUGAAGGCGCAUGGCCCCAAGGCGGGGAGCAAGAACAGGCCCAAGAGCGAGCUGGACCCCAUCGCCACCAUCAACAACGUGGUGCAGGAGGAGGCGAUCGUGGCCGGCCUGGCCCUCUAUGAAGUCUGCACCAAGUGCGGGAACCUGUUUACAAACCUGGACAGCUUGAAUGCCCACAACGCGGUCCACCGCAGGGUGGAGGCGGGCAGAACUCGGGCCCUGAGCGGGGAGGGCGAGCUCGGCCCUGCGGACUCCCAGCAGCUCUUCCUCCAGUGCCUGAACCUGUGCCCCGUUGGGACGGGUGCACCAGCCCACGGACAGACCGGGCAGCGGGUGGCCGAGCUGGACCCGGUCAACAGCUACCAGGCCUGGCAGCUGGCCACCAGGGGCAAGGUGGUCGAGCCGGCCGAGUACCUCAAGUACGGGGCGUGGGACGAGGCGCUGGCUGGGGAUGUGGCCUUUGACAAGGAGCGGCGCGAGUACAUCCUGGUGAGCCAGGAGAAGCGCAAGCGUGAGCUAGAGCCUGGUGCGCAGGGCCCCCCACGAAAGAGGGCAGGCGCACCAGGGGACCUUGCACCCGGGUCCCUGGACCCUAGGCCCACCUCACGCCCCAGCCGCCGGGCUACCACCCCAGCCGGCCAAGGCAAGUCCUCCGAGUGCUUCGAGUGCGGCAAGAUCUUCCGCACCUACCACCAGAUGGUGCUGCACUCUCGGGUGCACCGCCGUGCGCGCAGGGACCAGGAGGGCGCAGGGGACCGCGUGCCCCGUGCCCGCUGCGGCUCACUCAGCGAGGGCGAUUCGGUCUCACAGCCCAGCAGCCCUGGAUCGGCCUGUGCAGCCACUGACUCCCCAGGCUCUGGCCUGGCAGAGGAGGGUGCUGAUGAGAGCGGAGAGGAGGGUGCCGCAGACCCUGCACCAGGGGCAAAGCCACACAGCCGCCGCUUUCCCGAAGACGUGGCUCCGCUCCUGCUCUCCAAUGGAGGCCAGAGUCACAGCCUUGGACACACCCUGCCAGGACAGGACCCCGGCGGGCCCCGCGCGGAAACAGCAGCCCCUGCGUCCGCACGUGAGGACCGCAGCGGCAGGGAGACCUCCAGGAGACCGGAGCUGCCUCGGUUUUCUGUGGACUUGAAGAUGCCUGCGUGCCACCCCAAGCAGGAGGUCCGCGGCUUUCGGGACGCCGUAGACUUCCCUUCGAAUGCAGGUCAGGCUUUUCCAGAAGGAGCGGCCCUGCAGCUAUCCUCGGAAAGCCCGGCUGGCCACCCCAAAGAGAAGCCCUGCGAUCUGCACAGUAAGGAGCAUUCUGGGGUCAGGAGGGCGCCGGCCCCGGACCUGAUCCCGCUAGACCUGAGCGAGAGGUCGACCCGGGACAACGCCAGCCACAAGGAGCUGGCCUCCUCGCUGCAGGCGGCGCUGGCCGUGUACCCGUGUCCCUACUGCAGCCACAAGACCUACUACCCCGAGGUGCUGUGGAUGCACAAGCGGAUCUGGCACCGCGUCAGCUGCAGCUCCAUGGCCCCCCAGUGGACGCAGCCCAACGGCUACAAGAGCAUCAGAAACAACUUGGUUUUCCUCGUCCGGAGCGGACGCACAGGCCCCCCGCCCGCCCUUGGGGGCAAAGACUGCCAGCCUCUGCCCAUUGCUAGGUUCACGCGCACCCAGGUGCCAGGUGGGGCGCCAGGGCCCAAAGGCAGCUCCUUGCCUCUGGGUGGAACCACUAAGGCCACCGGCAUGCCUAAGAGCCGGGAGGGCCAUCCGGGGGGCCCCUGCGCGCUCUGGGCAGCCGGCUCCGAGGGGCCGCGGCAGACCAAACCGGGCCAUGGCCCAGAGCAGCACGGUGCCCUGGCCCAGCCGCCUCCGCCCAGGCCGAAGCAGGAGGCCGGCCCCAGACCCGGGCCUGUAGCGGGCGGUGGCUUCAGCAGAAGUGCCACCCCCACACCCACUGUCAUUGCCCGGGUGGGCUCGCAGCCUCCGGCCACCAGCAGGCUGGGGGACAAGUAUGUCAUCGCCCCCGUGGGGGCCGGCCUGGGCCCCCCAAAUAAGCACAGUGCCCCGGAUCCACCGAAAGCCAAAUUGAGCCCUCAACCUCAGGGUCAGCCGCAGGUGAAAGACGACGGGGGCCCCGCUCUACCUCCCCGAGAGCCCCCCUCCAAGGCCGGCCAGGGCUCCAGAGGGAACCCAGCCCCGCAGGCCCAGCCCACCCCACAGGCCGUCAAGCAGGAGCCAGCGGCCGAGGGCCACGAGAAGCGCCUAGACAUCCUCAAUAUCUUUAAGACCUACAUUCCAAAGGACUUGGCCACGCUCUGCCAGAGCUGGGGGGCCAGCGGCCCUGCGCCCGAGCACAGAGGGACGCCCCGGACGCAGGCCCGCCAAGGAGACUUCGUCUGCGUGGAGUGCGGGAAGUGCUUCCACCAGCCCAGCCACCUGCGGGCACACAUGCGGGCUCACUCGGUGGUGUUUGAGUCCAACGGCCUCCGAGGUGCUGAAGUCCACACCACCUCUGCGGAUGCCCCCAAACAAGGGAGAGACCUUUCUAACCCAGACACCGCCCAGACAGUGCCUCUCAGAAAGGGCACCUAAAGACUCGUCGCCAGCGAACCCCGGUGCCCCGUGACAGCCGUUAGCAGUCCCCUCCCGGAUGUCCCAGCAGAGACCCUGACCACCCGCGCGAGGAAGAGUGGCCGCCCCCCGCACCCCGCCACCCCUCACCUUAGACCGCUGUGCUGGCCCGGAAGCUGCAGGGCGAGGCCUCUCCUGGUCGGACGUUGAGGAAUAAAUAAAGACGCUGAACUCUAGAACUCCA